AUGUACAAACCGACAUUUCCAGAACGAGUAGAGGAUCAAAAGGCGGACAAUUACCAACCAGUACCUCGAGAGCCAGAUGUCGUCGGUGUCGCAACACCACGGGAUACUGAGUUACCGCACACAGAGGAAAAGGACCGUCGGGGAAAUCAUCAUGCGCGUCUGGGGGUCAAUGAUGUCUUUGCCAAAUUGUGGCUGUGGGAGAUUGUUGCAUGCCUCUUCAGCUUAGUCUGUUUGGCUGCCAUCAUAAUCGUUCUCAAGUACGAAGACGGGAAACAGUUGGAUCAGUGGAGCCUGGUAAUCUCACCAACUGCCGUAAUCUCGUUUUUAGCUACGAUUUCAAAGUCAUCAUUCAUGCUGGCAAUCACCGAGGUCCUAGGACAACUGAAAUGGCUUCACUUCAAUGGCCAGCCCAGGCGUCUCGCCGAUCUCAGUCUCUUUGAUAGAGCAAGCCGGGGACCCUACGGCGGAUUUGUCUUGAUUCUACGCCGACAUAGACAUUCCCUCCUUGCUUGCUUUGCAGCGCUGAUAACCAUUGCAGGGUUACUGAUGGAUCCAUUUGUGCAGCUAGUCUUUAGCUUUCCUUCCAGGCUCGUGGUAGAUUCAGAGCUGGUAUCCUCUUUCAGUGCAUCUCGCAAUUACACGCCAUCCAACUACCGUGCCGUUUCGAGCUUUGCGUUGUUAGGAAAUAUUGAUCCGGCAAUGACUGCAGCCAUCAUGCAGGAUUUUGUCGCUUUCCUGGAGACCGAGGGUCCCACCGUAUCCCAGUGUCAAUUCAAAACGCCAAACAACCAGACUCUUCAGACCGUAUUUGCGACGAUGAGAUAUGAACAGGGGAUAUUCGGCACACAAUGGAAUGCCAGCGCUUUAUUUGGUGGCUCGGAGGCGACUGACGCUCCUGCGACUCUCGUCAGCUUUGAAGCAGUUCAGCCACUGGCAAUGCCCGCUUCAAUCAGCUUGGACGAUGUGAGAGAUCUACCUGUCGCGGGAUGGUCCUGUUCGCUUAGCCUCUGCGCAAAGACGUAUCCCUUUAUCAAUGUCACGAAUGGUGUGAUAAAUGUGACGGCGCCUGAAGAAGACCCCCUCUUGUUUGGGAGUACAGCCCCAUUCUACGACACUCUGUAUAGCAACACCUCGAGUGCCAUAAGCAACUACUCAUUCCAAGCCAUCGACUACGAAAACCUCAAUAGUUACCUGUCAGUAUUAUUCUCCACCGGGUUCUUCAGUGAAGGCAUCAACACAAUGAGUUCGAAUGCCUUGGUGUAUCUCGACAAUGCGCCUGAGGCACCGCCAGUGGGCUCACGUUUAGGGGUUGAAGUAGAUAUAGACGCGGCUAUGAACAGACUGGCCUCUAGUAUGACGGAGCCUAUCCGAGCGAGUCUCAACGGCACGGCACAUGCCGGCCAGACGUUGGUAGAAAAGACAUUUAUUCACGUCAGCUGGCGCUGGUUGGCGCUGCCUGUUGCCCUCGCCGUGCUGUCAUUUGUCCUAGUCAUUGCAGCGAUUGUCGUUACGCGGCGGAGCGGAGUGGAAGUAUGGAAAACCGAAGUACUGCCCCUGCUAUUUGCACAACUGAGGGGCUUCGAGGCAGAGGAAGUCGAUAUUAGUGGCGCUGGUGGACGCCGGAGUCUGGAGGAGCGAGGAUUACGGCUACGCGCAAACCUAAGUCGCCCAGAUGAACUGGCAUUUAUCAAGGGCGACUAG